CUUCAGGUGAGGGAGCCCAUGGAAGUGAACUUCCCUGGACCCCCCUGAGCUGUAAAGUAAGUGAGCAGGAGCGCAAACUCUCGCACCUGUGCUCCGGCUUCUUUUCUUCAGGGAGGAUGGGGGAGGCUGCUCCUGCCCUUUCCUUUACACUGUGAGGGCGGAGGUAUCAUUAGCCGGUAGGAAGGUGGACUUGAGCAGAAUGCCUCAAUUUUAAUCCCAGCCCUGUCACUUACUAGGUGUGUGAAUGUCAGCAAGUCCCUUCACCACUCAGUGCCUCAGUCUUCUCCUCUGUGAAAUGGGAAAAACAGUGUCUACUUCUUAGGGUGGUUAUAGAGAUUAAAGGAGUUAAUGUAAUAUAUAUAUACACACUUGAAAAGUCUGGCCUGUGUACAUGCUGUGCAUGAGUAUCUCAUGUUUGUCUUAAUAAUUAUCCUGUCACGCCAUAAGUCCCCUCCCACCUGGACGUCUCCCAGCAGGGUUAUCCUCCACAGACAGGUUGCUUCCCUGUGUUUCUAGGUACGGUGCUUACUCGGUGCUCUGCGGGCGGUGGCGUCAGCAGAUAUUUGGGGCCAUUUGAAACAGACCUGGUGAGGUAGCACGCAACAGAGCGCUGGACAGGAUGCCCCAAGCUUUCACGCUCACUGUGCCCAAAGUGUGACGCUGGUCCUCGGCCUGCGGCUUCCCCUCUUUUCAUACCUUUAAGACCAAGGGGUGGCCAGCCCAUCUGUACGCAGUUGAGGGAGGGCAUAGAAUGUCCUCCGGAGACUCUCAGAGGUGCCGUCCAGGCCGAGGCUGUUCCUGGGGGAGCGUGCCGCCCCCUUCUCCGCCUUCCUCACUGACAGCUUCAGCCGGCGCCACAGCUACCUGCGGAUCUCCCUCACCGAGAGGUGCAACCUCAGAUGUCAAUACUGCAUGCCCGAGGAGGGGGUCCCUCUGACCCCCAAGGCUGACCUGCUGACCACAGAGGAAAUCCUGACCCUGGCCCGGCUCUUUGUGAAAGAAGGCGUGGACAAGAUCCGGCUCACGGGUGGGGAGCCGCUCAUCCGGCCGGACGUGGUGGACAUCGUGGCCCAGCUCCACCGGCUGGAAGGCCUGAGGACCAUCGGCAUCACCACCAACGGCAUCAACCUAGCCCGGCUGCUACCUCAGCUUCAGAAAGCUGGUCUCAGCACCAUCAACAUCAGCCUGGACACGCUGGUACCAGCCAAGUUUGAGUUCAUCGUCCGCAGGAAAGGCUUCCACAAGGUCAUGGAGGGCAUCCACAAGGCCAUCGAGCUGGGCUACAGCCCCGUGAAGGUAAACUGCGUGGUGAUGCGAGGCCUGAAUGAGGACGAACUCCUGGACUUUGUGGCCUUGACCGAGGGCCUCCCCCUGGACGUGCGCUUCAUCGAGUACAUGCCCUUUGACGGCAACAAGUGGAACUUUAAGAAGAUGGUCAGCUAUAAGGAGAUGCUGGACACCCUCCGGCAGCAGUGGCCGGAGCUGGAGAAGCUGCCCGAGGAGGAAUCCAGCACAGCCAAGGCCUUUAAAAUCCCUGGUUUCCAAGGCCAGGUCAGCUUCAUCACAUCUAUGUCUGAGCAUUUCUGUGGGACCUGCAACCGGCUGAGAAUCACAGCUGACGGGAACCUCAAGGUCUGCCUCUUCGGGAACUCAGAGGUGUCUCUACGGGAUCACCUGCGGGCAGGGGCCUCUGAGGAGGAGCUGCUGAGGGUCAUCGGGGCUGCGGUGGGCAGGAAGAAGCGGCAGCACGCAGGCAUGUUCAGUAUCUCCCAGAUGAAGAACCGGCCCAUGAUCCUCAUCGAGUUAUUUUUGAUGCGCCAAGAUUCCCCACCAGCCCUUCCAAGCACUUUCACGAACUCUCUCCGUGUUCAGGUUCUGAGACACAGAGUGAGUUUCUUCAGCCAGAUGGUGACUUUAUGGAAAGGAGGCAGGGUCCCCCAGGCCCCUCUUGUUGCCCAGCGGUGGCUGGGGUCCAGCCUCCCUCAGAGACACUUCAGUUCCCACCUGGAAUCAGAUGCCAACCCAAAGUGCCUUAGCCCAACAGGGCCCCGGGCUCCUGCUGCCUCCUCAGGACCUCUGCCAGACUCUGACCAACUGACCCACGUGGACACGGAAGGACGGAUGGCUAUGGUGGAUGUGGGCAGGAAGCCAGACACAGAGCGGGUGGCCGUGGCCUCGGCCGUGGUCCUCCUGGGGCCUGUGGCCUUCAAGCUCAUCCAGGAGAACCAGCUCAAGAAGGGAGAUGCCCUGGCGGUGGCCCAGCUGGCAGGCAUCCAGGCGGCCAAGCUGACCAGCCAGCUGAUCCCUCUCUGCCACCACGUGGCGCUGAGCCAUGUCCAGGUGCAGCUGGAGCUGGACCGCACGCGCCACGCUGCGGUGAUCCAGGCAUCUUGCCAGGCCCGGGGCCCCACUGGGGUGGAGAUGGAGGCCCUGACCUCCGCCGCUGUAGCCGCCCUCGCCCUGUACGACAUGUGCAAGGCCGUCAGCAGGGACAUCGUGUUAGCAGAGAUCAAGCUCGUUAGCAAGACCGGGGGUCAGCGAGGGGACUUCCAUCGAAUGUAGAGCUCCUGCCCCAGCUCUCACCCCCAAGCCGGCAAGGUCAAGCAAUGGGAUGCCGUUUCAACCCAAGGGAAAGAGGUCAAAUUCCUUUCACCAGUUACCUUCAGCCGGUAGGAACCUGAAGCCAGCCUACCCCUUCACUGCUAAGAUGACCUUCACUGACCUUCAGGAUUUCCUGUCUUCUAAGAGAAAACCAGCAGGCCCUUCAGCCUUCCUGGACCCUUAGGUUGUGCCUGGGAGGGUUAUCUAGCCUUGCUGGAUAAUCACAGUGUGAUUUGUGAACUCUUUGAGACAAUUAGUCGAGCCCAUGACCUCCAUUUCUCAAGUGGGUUUUCUCUUCUCCUCCUUUUCCUGGGAGGAACAAGGGCUCAUAAGCAGAGGAACCCGCUCUGAGGAAGGGAACCCAGCUCGCCCCGGGAAUGGAUCACUUCUCUUUAACUGCAGCCCCGGCCUCUCCGCCGUGCUGCCUCGGAAAAGCAGGUUAUCCCCCUCCCGUUGCCCGAGUCUGUCCCAUCAGACACGCAGGCUUCCAGCUUAUCAGUUGCACCGUCCUGCAGCUCCUUUCCCUGGCCCCUCCUCCUCCUCAGCAGUAUCCCCCAUGGGCCACAGCCCUGAGGCCUCCUGACCGAGCACACCUCCUGUACCCCUUCAUCCUGGGACACACCAGGCAGGGGGGAGUGGUGGAGCUUGCCUUCACCCUCACUGUGCACAAAAUAAAGCCACGAUGCCAGCUUUGGA